CUGGUUCCUGCAGCAGCUGCUGCCACUGCUCAGCUCUGUGAGGAGGGAGCUGGUGACUCGGUCGGAGACAGUGACUCAGAGGCAGAGCGGUACGCGGGCCAAGGAGCACUGGUGUCUAUGGACCCUGGGGGCCCCUCAGUUUCAGGUGACAUUCUUCCCCUUUGACCUGCUCUACAUCCUCAGCAAGGAGUGACUUCUCCCUCCUCCAUGGACUUCCAAGAGAGGGAUACCCCCUCCCUGGCUGAGAGCACUCAGUCCUCGAAGCCUAGCAGCACACAGCAGGCCUCUGAGCUGUGGGAGGUGGUGGAGGAGCCUCGGGGCAGGCUGGGAGCAGAAGGUGUCAAGCCUGAGAGGCAAGAAGGUCACCUGCUCAAGAAGAGAAAGUGGCCUCUGAAAGGCUGGCACAAGAGGUACUUUGUGCUUGAGGAUGGGAUUCUCCACUACGCGACCACCCAGCAAGACAUCACCAAGGGGAAGCUCCAUGGCUCCAUUGAUGUCCGGCUGUCAGUCAUGUCCAUCAACAAAAAGGCCCAGCGCAUUGACCUUGACACUGAGGACAACAUCUACCAUCUCAAGAUCAAAUCCCAGGAUCUGUUCCAAAGCUGGGUGGCCCAGCUGCGUGCCCACCGCCUGGCCCAGCACCUGGACAUGGCCAGCACUGCUCAUCGGAAGGCUCCUGGCACCCAGCUUCUGACUGCAGGUAGCACCUCAGCUCUACCUGGAGUUGGACCUCAGGAGAAAGUGUCUUCCUGGCUGAGGGACAGUGAUGGGCUAGACCGCUGCUCUCAUGCGCUCUCUGAGUGUCAGGGGAAGCUCCAGGAGUUACACAGGCUCCUCCAGAGCCUGGAGUCCCUGCACCGAAUCCCUUCUGCCCCUGUGAUUCCCACACACCAGGCUUCAGUGACAACUGAGAGACCCAAGAAAGGGAAACGGACCAGCCGCAUGUGGUGCACACAAAGCUUUGCCAAGGACGACACCAUUGGACGGGUUGGUCGUCUCCAUGGUUCUGUUCCCAACCUGUCUCGCUACCUGGAGUCUCGGGACUCCUCAGGCUCCCGUGGGCUGCCACCCCCAGACUAUGCCCACCUGCAGCGCAGUUUCUGGGCCCUGGCCCAGAAGGUGCACAGUUCCCUCAGCAGUGUCCUGGCUGCCCUCACCACCGAACGGGACCGACUGAGGGACCUGCACCAGGGUUCAGAGCUGUCAAGGAUGGGGGUCUCUGAGGCCCCAGCUGGACAGAGGCGCCUCCACUCACUGUCCAUGUCCUCAGACACCACUGCAGAUUCCUUCAGUUCCCUCAACCCCGAGGAGCAAGAAGCUCUGUACAUGAAGGGGCGAGAGCUGACCCCCCAACUGUCCCAGAGUAGUGUCCUCUCCCUUGCUGAUUCCCACACGGAGUUCUUCGAUGCCUGUGAAGUUCUCCUUUCUGCCAGCUCUUCGGAGAAUGAGGGCUCUGAGGAAGAGGAGGAGUCAUGUACCAGUGAGAUCACCACCAGCCUGUCCGAGGAGGUGCUGGACCUCAGGGGAGCUGAGCGCUGUCAGAGAGGAGGGUGUGUUCCAGCGAGAGCUGCAGGGCCCCCCCGCCGCCGCUGCCUGCCAGCCGCCAGUGGGCCCGGGGCUGACGUGAGCCUGUGGAACAUCCUGCGCAACAACAUCGGCAAAGACCUGUCCAAGGUGUCGAUGCCCGUGCAGCUCAACGAGCCGCUCAACACGCUGCAGCGGCUCUGUGAGGAGCUGGAGUACAGCAGCCUCCUGGACCAGGCCAGCCGCAUGGCUGACCCCUGCGAGCGCAUGGUGUACAUCGCGGCCUUCGCCGUCUCUGCCUACUCUUCCACGUACCACCGAGCAGGCUGCAAGCCCUUCAACCCUGUACUGGGCGAGACCUACGAAUGUGAGCGGCCUGACAGGGGCUUCCGCUUCAUCAGCGAGCAGGUCUCCCACCACCCCCCCAUCUCGGCUUGCCAUGCAGAGUCAGAGAACUUCGUCUUCUGGCAAGACAUGAAGUGGAAGAACAAGUUCUGGGGCAAAUCCCUGGAGAUUGUGCCUGUGGGGACAGUCAAUGUCAGCCUGCCCAGGUUUGGGGACCACUUCGAGUGGAACAAGGUGACGUCCUGCAUUCACAACAUCCUCAGUGGCCAGCGCUGGAUUGAGCACUAUGGGGAGGUGCUUAUCCGAAACACGCAGGACAGCUCCUGCCACUGCAAGAUCACCUUCUGCAAGGCCAAGUACUGGAGUUCCAACGUCCAUGAGGUGCAGGGUGCCGUGCUCAGCAGGAGUGGCCGUGUCCUCCACCGACUGUUUGGAAAGUGGCACGAGGGGCUGUACCGGGGUCCCCCCCCAGGUGGUCAGUGCAUCUGGAAACCCAACUCAAUGCCCCCAGACCAUGAGCGAAACUUCGGCUUCACUCAGUUUGCCCUGGAGCUGAAUGAACUGACGGCAGAACUGAAACGGACGCUGCCCUCCACCGACACGCGGCUCCGGCCCGACCAGAGGUACCUGGAGGAGGGGAACAUACAGGCUGCAGAGGCCCAGAAGAGAAGGAUCGAGCAGCUACAGCGAGACAGGCGAAGAGUGAUGGAGGAGAACAACAUUGUCCACCAAGCCCGCUUCUUCAGGCGGCAGACGGACAGCAGCGGCAAGGAGUGGUGGGUGACCAACAACACGUACUGGAGGCUGCGCGCUGAGCCGGGCUACGGGAACCUGGAUGGGGCUGUGCUAUGGUAGCCCUGGCCCUGGGGGCAGGAGGCCCUGGUCCUCACUCCUGCCCCCACUUCUACCACGGACACAUGGGUGAGGCCAGGCUGUCCCUCACUGCCCUUGAGACCAAAGGGGAAGCCCUGGCUCUGGCCCUGUCCCUCUGCUGGCCAGAGGGCUGCAACUCAGCACACGCCCCGCCCCUCUGUUGGGGUGAGAAGCAGAACCCAUGCUUCCUCAGUCUUGUUGCCUCAACAAUCGGCAUGUGCGACCCUUCUCGCUCUGUCAUCCCCUUCUUGUCCCCGUUGGGGUACUUGGAGGAGACUCCAGGCUCCCAGGAUCUGCUCCCCAUUUCAGUGCCUUCCUAGGACACAGGGGACCCCUCGAUGCUCCCCAGGCUUUCUGUGCCCAGGGCGCUAGCCCUGGCUGCAAAGUUCAAGUGAAGGAGAGGAGGUGGCUCUUUCUUCCACCUGCCCUAUCUCCAGCAUCUUCCCCCUUGCCCUGGAGAAAGUCCAGCAGGGUGUCCUCCAGCUUCCUUGGCUGGUCCCUGGCCAUCCUAUCCUCCUGCAUCCUCUCCUUCCAAACUGCAAAGCGCCUGCAGCUUCCAGCUCCUUGGCCCCCAUCCUCAAGUUUCCCUUCAGUCUCGGCUCAGCAGAUGCCCCAAAGCUGGAUGAGUCCUCUCCAGAGGUGGGUGGGCGAGGGGUGGGGGGCAGCCUGAGGUGCCUGGCCUCAGACCCACGAGGAGGGAGUGAGCAGGAGUGAGUGUAAAUUUGUGUAGGAGUGUGUGUGUGUGUGUGUGUGUGUGUGUGUGCGCACAUGCGCACACACGCGUGCAUGUACAUACUGUGUCCUGCUUGCCGGCAAGCAGGAGUCCUUAAUGUAGUCCGGACGUUCCCCUGCUGGGUGUCCACCACUGUUGCUGCUCGUUUUCUUGUCUCUGAGUCAGGUGAAGUGCUAUGACAUUCCAAGCUCCAAUAAAGACUGU